CCGCAUCUCAAGUAACCAAAUCAUCGUCACUCAUGCACUCUCCCAAUACCAGCAGCUAAACAUGGCGUCUAGACCAGAGCUCAAGGUCGACGACGAGGGUGGCUUCAUCCGCACUUUUCGGUCCCUGCCCUCCAAACCCGAUGGCGACAACACGAUCCGGGUCUUUGACCGUACAGAUUGGUACUCUGCACACGGUGAAGAUGCCGAGUUCAUUGCAAGGACUGUCUACAAAACCACUGCGGUUAUCAGGAACCUCGGUCGCACCGAAAAUGCCCUUCCUAGCGUUACGAUGACGACCACUGUAUUCCGAAACCUCCUCCGUGAAGCACUCUUCAAGCUCGGCAAAAGAGUAGAGAUAUGGGAGGCAAGCGGCAAGGGCCAAUGGAAGUUAGUUCGACAAGCCAGUCCCGGCAAUCUACAAGCUGUUGAGGAAGAGCUGGGUUCUGGUCUGGACAGUCAAGGCGACAGUGCCCCCAUCAUCCUAGCCGUGAAGAUCAGCGCGAAAGCAGGCGAGGCGAGGAGCGUGGGUGUCUGCUUCGCAGAUGCUAGCGUCAGAGAGCUGGGUGUCAGCGAGUUCCUCGACAAUGACCUAUACUCCAAUUUCGAAAGUCUUCUAAUCCAAUUGGGCGUAAAGGAAUGCAUCGUGGCAACCGACGGACAGAAGAAGGAUCCCGAAUUCAGCAAGAUACGACAGAUCGCCGACUCAUGCGGCAUCGCCAUUUCGGAAAGGCCUGCCGCCGACUAUGCCACAAAGGACAUCGAGCAAGACCUAGCCCGACUGCUCAAAGGAGAGAAUGCAAUGGGUCUUCUACCGCAGACCGACCUUACGUUGGCUAUGGGUAGUGCAGCUGCAUUGAUCAAGUACCUGGGCGUGCUGACAGACCCGAGUAAUUUCGGUCAAUACAGGCUCUACCAGCAUGACCUGACUCAAUUCAUGAAGUUGGACGCUGCAGCACUGAGGGCCCUCAAUCUGAUGCCCGGACCAAGGGAUGGUGCAAAGAGUAUGAGCCUGUUCGGCCUUCUCAAUCACUGCAAGACCCCAAUCGGUGGUCGUCUCUUGGCACAAUGGCUGAAACAGCCACUGAUGAAUCUCUCCGAGAUUGAAAGAAGACAACAACUGGUGGAAGCCUUUGUCACGGACACAGAACUUCGACAGACGAUGCAAGAAGAACAUCUCCGCUCCAUCCCUGACCUGUAUCGUCUUGCGAAGAAAUUCCAACGCAAGCUAGCGAACCUGGAAGACGUGGUGCGCGCAUAUCAGGUUGUCAUACGGCUACCCGGGUUCAUUGAAGCUUUGGAGGCCGUUGUCGACGAGCAAUACCAGGUACCACUCGAAGCGCAGUACACAUCAAAACUAAAAGAACUUUCCAAUUUCCUAGGCAAACUGGCCGAGAUGGUCGAGACAACAGUCGAUCUGGAUGCGCUCGAUCGCCACGAGUUUAUCAUCAAACCGGAAUUUGACGACAAAUUGCGGAUAAUCCGGACGAAACUGGAUAAAAUCAAGGAUGGGAUGGAGGUGGAACACCGCCGUGCCGGCAAAGACCUCAACCAAGACAUUGAUAAAAAGCUAUUCCUCGAAAACCACAGAGUUCACGGCUACUGCUUCAGGCUCACCCGCAAUGAGUCCAGCUGCAUCAGGAACAAGAGCACGUACAAAGAGAUUUCCACGCAGAAGAAUGGAGUAUAUUUCACCACGAACAAGCUGCAAGAGCUACGGCGAGAGCACGACCAGCUCUCGACUGCUUACAACCGCACACAGUCAUCAUUAGUGUCCGAGGUCGUUUCAGUGGCAUCUUCAUACGUCCCAGUCAUCGAACAACUGGCCGCCAUCAUUGCUCAUAUGGACGUCAUUGUGAGUUUGGCUCAUGUCUCUGUACAUGCACCGACCGCUUAUGUCCGGCCGAAGAUGCAUGAGCGUGGUACGGGAGACACAAUCUUGCGUGAAGCACGGCAUCCUUGCAUGGAAGCGCAGGACGAUAUCAAUUUCAUCACCAAUGAUGUCGAACUAAAACGAGAUGAGUCGAGGUUUCUCAUCAUAACUGGCCCGAACAUGGGCGGCAAGUCCACGUACAUUCGCACCAUUGGAUGCAUUGCUCUGAUGGCUCAGAUUGGGUGCUUCGUGCCGUGUAGCGAGGCCGAGUUGACCAUUUUCGAUUGCGUACUCGCUCGUGUGGGAGCCUCAGAUUCACAGCUCAAGGGUGUUUCUACUUUUAUGGCCGAAAUGCUGGAAACGGCCAACAUCCUGAAAAGUGCCACCAGGGACUCUCUCAUCAUCAUUGACGAGCUCGGUCGCGGUACGAGCACGUACGAUGGUUUUGGCCUCGCCUGGGCUAUCAGCGAGGAGAUUGUGGCGCAGAUUGGUGCAUUUGGCUGUUUUGCCACACACUUCCACGAACUUACCGCUUUGGCGGACAAAUACCCCAGUGCCGUCAAGAAUCUGCACGUCGUCGCUUUCGUUGGCGAAGAAGCAGAUAGUAGCAGUGGCGCUGACGGUGCAUCGACCAAGCGGAGAGAGGUCACGUUACUGUACAGAGUUGAGCCGGGUAUCAGCGACCAGAGCUUCGGUAUCCAUGUUGCCGAGUUGGUGAGAUUUCCGGAGAAGGUGACCAAUAUGGCACGUCGGAAGGCUGAAGAGUUGGAAGAUUUCACGGCCGUGAAGGGUGACCAAAAGAAGAACGACUACUCGAAAGAGGACGCCGAGGAAGGAAGCAAGCUACUGAAAGAAAUGCUGAAGAACUGGAAAGAGCAGGUCGAGGGUCAAGACUUGAGCAAAGACGACAAGCUCAAACUCAUGAGGGAUAUGGUCAAGGGUGACGGGCGAUUGAUGGCAAAUCCAUUUUUCCAGUCUGUCAAGGCAUUGUGAGAAAUCGAUGUGCGUGGAAUGGGCUGGUCUUUAAGCAUGGCGUCGGGUGUCAAAUGUCUGUGCUGGACAAAGAAUGAGCACUGUCACCGUGGCACGAAAUGUCAGAAAAGGUGUUGGUACCAUGAUUGAUUCUUUUUGUCUUCCUCAAGACCCCCUAACAGUGGUGGUGUUGGCCAUAUUGA